AGGUGGCCGUGCAGUACAUGUGUGUGUCUGUCAGCGUCUGAAGAGGAGACUCUCGUGUGUCUGCCUGAGUGUGCGUGUGCACAUAGGUGUCUGCUGUGUGUGAGUGUCGGGGUGCGCGUCUGUCUGCGGCAUCGGUGUGUGUGUCUCUGAGUGUGAUGAGCAUGUUAAUGAAUGCCUGUGUGUGUGUCCGGUGGGGGGAUCUAGGUUGGUGGGACUUGUGAAUUUGCCUGGUGUGAGUGUGUAAAUGUAGUGCGUCUGCGGGUAGGCCUGUGGGUCUCCAGGGCUUGUGUGUAAAGGAGUGUAUCUGUGUAUAGGCCCUGGGUGUGUGUAUGUGUGUGUCAGUGUGUUUGACCUGGGUUGUCGUGUGUGUCUGUGCCCCAGUGUGAAUGAGUGUGCAUUUGCACACAGAGCUCUGGGCAGUGUGUAGUUGUGUGUCUCCAUGUGUUUGUCUCUGAGUGUGUACUGAGUGUGUUUGUGUGUGUGCUGGAGGUGGGAGGGGGUGCUUUGUGGGUCUGGGGUGCCCGAGUGCCGGUCCCUGGCUGUGCGGGGUGUGUGUGUUGCUGCCAGUGUGUGUUUGUGUGUCUGGGUGUGGGAGUGGCGCCGCCCACUUCCCCUGAGUCUGUCUCAGGGUGUCUCCAGCGGUCAGGCUCAGGGCCUUUAAUUAGCGGCUGGUUUGGGGGGGGCGACCAGCCGGGGCGCCGGGGAGGGCCGGCCCCCUCCUUGCACAGGCCGCUGCUGCUGCUGCGCUGGGCCUUUGUCUGCUCUCUGGGCAGGGGCUGCCUCCCGCUGGCUGGCCAGAUGUGCAGGAGGCCGGCGGCCGGCCGGGCCUCUGCCUGGGCAGAAGCGGCCUUGGCCUCCACUGGGACAUCCCGCAGCCCUGUGCCCCCGGAGCCGGGCCGCAGAGGGCUGACUCUGGAGCUGGUGGUUCUUCCGGGAUCCCCAGGAUGGGACGGAGGGAGCGGAGCCUCAGUUUCCCAACCAUUUCCGUGAGGCAUUUCCUCCAGUCCUGGCACCCUCCCCCACACAGGCCACCUCCCUCCUGCUUUCUGGGAGGAGGGCCUGGGAGGGUAGUGGUGGGGCCUGGGUGUACACACAGGCACACACAUACCUGCAGCAAUGCACAUACGGCGCUGAUCCCCUGCUGACAUCCUGUUGCUCACAUGGUCUCUGCCCCCGCCCCACCGCCUCAUCUCCCCCAGACCUACCCCAGAGCCACCACCUUGGUUGUAGUCCCCGCCCCCAGCUAGUGCCCUGGGCUAUGUGACACCUUUCAGCUGCCCUGGGGACUGGGCCCCGGCUCAGACACCUGUGAGCCCCCUGCAGACCCAUGUCCUCCCCAUCCUGUGCACAGGGGACUCCCCUCCCCUAGCCUCCACCGACCUAUUCCACGUCAUUCCACGCUGUCCCCUAGCCCCAAGCUGAGCCAGAAGCCCAGGAGUGGGUAUGAGGUUUUAGAGAGGAGGGUCUCCCUGCCCCACAGGAGGAAGCUAGGGUGCCAGGCCUGGCAGUGGGGGAGAGGAGAGAGACAGCCUUGGGACGGAGGGACAGCUCCAAGCCUUGCCAUGCUGCCACUUGGGGAGGGGGUGAUUUGAGACAGGAGUGGGGCCAGGAGAGCCAGAUGUGGAAGGGCCCUGACCCCAAAAUAGGUUGAGGCCUCCAAGGAAGGAAGAAGGAAGCAGCAGCAAGAAGGGAUGGAUGGGGGGAGGAGUUUUUUGGGAGAGGGUGAGGGAGGGUAUUAAGAAGAGAAGAUAAAGUCCGAGAAGAGGUUUCCCGGGGCAGGAAGAGGAUGAGAGAUUCCUGAGCAACCCCUGAACUACAGACCCAGCUCAGUGCUCCAGACCUGCCUGGCGACUCCUCGUUGCCCAGGGUCUCACGGAAGAGGCGACCAAGGCCCAGAAAGGCUCAGGGAGCAGCGGAGGGAAGGAUCCGCACAGGGGCCCCACACCACGCCACCAACCGAAGCCCCCAAAAGGUAAAAGAAAAACAAGGAGUGGACAUUAGCCCAGCCAAACAGAGCAGCAGGGUCACAAAAUAUCCAUGAGUGAGCUCCCCAUCACUGGAGGGGUCCAAGCAGAAGCGGGGAAUGUAGGCUUCUCCAGUCAGCAGCUCAGAAAAAAUACCCAGUCUCCCUCCCUCUGGGGCCAAACUGCCCUGUUUGGGGAUCGACUCUCAGACUUGGCUGGGCUGCAAAAAAAACAAGACAGUGUGUGAUUAAGGGGGAUUUUGCACAGAGAAGGAGGAGGGCGGAGACGGGAGGGCGUGGGGGAGGAGGAUUUGGCACAGGGUGGUGGCCCAAAAUGGUGUCUGCGGCAGGCUGGCCUGGGGCAGAUGCCGGAGAAACAGAUCUGCCCAGCGGGCCUGGAGGUGGCUCGGGGGACAGUGGUUUCCAGCCCCGCCAGUGGGGUGAAUGGUGCUACCUGUGGCAGAGGAUCCAAGGACAGGGUUGAGGACGUGGAUGAGAAUAUGGAAAUCUGGGGGACCUGAGCACUGGCCAUGGCUUUAAUCUGCCUUGAAAAUUCACACUGACCCCUCCAGCCUUCCAGUGUAUCCCGUGCCAGCCUCCCCUUGCCUGGCCCCUUGCACCUGCCCCGCCUGGGUCCCUGGACACCACACCCCACCUCCAGGCCUGUGCGUUUGCUGCUCGCCUGCCUGGUGCACCUUCUUCUGUCUCUUCACACGAUUGUUCUCUUCUCAUCCUUUCAACCUCUGUUUCCCAGUCUCCCCAUUAAUACCUCUUAGAGAACAUGUCACAAUCUGGACUAUUCUCCAUUGACCCAUCUGUCAUCUGUGGCUCCCAGGAGACUGAGCCCUACAGGGCCAGGGCAGUGGUGGUGGCAAUGGUGGUGGUGGGGUACAGAGGGUGACUGUCCCUGUCAUGCACAGCCGCCAUCUCCUUAAAGCUCAUCAAUAGUGCUUCCCCAAGAAUGAGUCCGAGGGUUCACCGCUUUCUAGGCAUGUGACCCUGAGCAAACUCUUAUCACCCCAAAUCUGUUUUCUCAUCUAUAAAAGGAGAAUGGUACCAGUGGAGCUCUCAGAUAUAUUUUGGAAAUAGAAUGCAAUGGUGUGAAAACUUUGGGGCCAAUAGCUGGCACCUAGGAGGUACUCAUGGUGACAUCCUGGUCCCUGCCUGUCCUCAUCUGGGAGUGCAGGGAGCAUUGGAUGGGGAGAUGGGGAGAGGGGGUCUGCUGAGAGAAAAAAUGCAUCUGGAAUCUCGGGGAGGGGUGCCUUGGCCGGCCUCAGCCUCGGGGCCUCGGCACUGGUGAUGCUGGCCAGAGGGACCAGGCCCCCACCUCUGACCUGGCUCUCCCCUCCCAAGACCCCAGUGAUGCUGCCCAGGCUGUGAACAGGGGAGGUGGCACCGUGGGGGCUGCCGGCAGCCGGGGCUGGGGAGAGACAUGUGGACACGUGGCCUCUAUGGCUCCCGCCUGCCAGAUCCUCCGCUGGGCCCUUGCCCUGGGGCUGGGCCUCACGUUCGAGGUCACGCAUGCUUUCCGGUCUCAAGAUGAGUUCCUGUCCAGUCUGGAGAGCUAUGAGAUCGCCUUCCCCACCCGCGUGGACCACAACGGGGCACUGCUGGCCUUCUCGCCACCUCCUCCCCGGAGGCAGCGCCGGGGCACGGGGGCCACAGCCGAGUCCCGCCUCUUCUACAAGCAUGGCCUGAUUGUGGCAGACGAGGAGGAGUACCUGAUUGAGCCCCUGCAAGGUGGGCCCAAGGGUCCCCGGGUCCCAGAGGAAAGUGGCCCCCACGUGGUGUACAAGCGUUCCUCUCUGCGUCACCCCCACCUGGACACAGCCUGUGGAGUGAGAGACGAGAAACCGUGGAAAGGGCGGCCAUGGUGGCUGCGCACCCUGAAGCCACCGCCUGCCAGGCCCCCGGGAAAUGAAACAGAGCGCGGUCAGCCAGGCCUGAAGCGAUCAGUCAGCCGAGAGCGCUACGUGGAGACCCUGGUGGUGGCUGACAAGAUGAUGGUGGCCUACCACGGGCGCCGCGACGUGGAGCAGUACGUGCUGGCCAUCAUGAACAUUGUUGCCAAACUUUUCCAGGACUCAAGUCUGGGCAACACCAUUAACAUCCUCGUAACUCGCCUUAUCCUGCUCACAGAGGACCAGCCCACUCUGGAGAUCACGCACCACGCCGGGAAGUCCCUAGACAGCUUCUGUAAGUGGCAGAAAUCCAUCGUGAACCACAGUGGCCAUGGCAAUGCCAUUCCAGAGAACGGCAUGGCCAACCAUGACACAGCGGUGCUCAUCACGCGUUAUGACAUCUGCAUCUACAAGAACAAACCCUGCGGCACAUUAGGCCUGGCCCCGGUGGGCGGGAUGUGUGAGCGAGAGAGGAGUUGCAGCAUCAACGAGGACAUUGGCCUGGCCACGGCGUUCACCAUUGCCCAUGAGAUUGGGCACACAUUCGGCAUGAACCACGAUGGGGUGGGGAACAGCUGCGGGGCCCGUGGCCAGGACCCAGCCAAGCUCAUGGCCGCCCACAUCACCAUGAAGACCAACCCGUUCGUGUGGUCAUCGUGCAGCCGAGACUACAUCACCAGCUUUCUAGACUCGGGCCUGGGACUCUGCCUGAACAACCGGCCCCCCAGACAGGACUUCGUGUACCCAACCGUGGCACCCGGCCAAGCUUACGACGCGGACGAGCAGUGCCGCUUCCAGCAUGGAGUCAAAUCGCGUCAGUGUAAAUACGGGGAGGUCUGCAGCGAGCUGUGGUGUCUGAGCAAGAGCAACCGGUGCAUCACCAACAGCAUCCCGGCCGCCGAGGGCACGCUGUGCCAGACGCACACCAUCGACAAGGGGUGGUGCUACAAGCGGGUGUGUGUCCCCUUCGGGUCGCGGCCAGAGGGCGUGGACGGAGCCUGGGGCUCGUGGACCCCGUGGGGCGACUGCAGCCGGACGUGUGGCGGCGGCGUGUCCUCUUCCAGCCGUCACUGCGACAGCCCCAGGCCAACCAUCGGGGGCAAGUACUGUCUGGGCGAGAGAAGGCGACACCGAUCCUGCAACACCGACGACUGUCCCCCAGGCUCCCAGGACUUCAGGGAGAUGCAGUGCUCUGAAUUUGACAGCGUUCCUUUCCGUGGAAAAUUCUACACGUGGAAGACGUACCGGGGAGGGGGCGUGAAGGCCUGCUCGCUCACGUGCCUAGCGGAGGGCUUCAACUUCUACACGGAGAGGGCAGCGGCUGUCGUGGACGGGACGCCCUGCCGCCCAGACACAGUGGACAUUUGCGUCAGCGGCGAGUGCAAGCACGUGGGCUGUGACCGGGUCCUGGGCUCCGACCUGCGGGAGGAUAAAUGCCGAGUGUGCGGAGGUGACGGCAGUGCCUGUGAAACCAUCGAGGGAGUCUUCGGUCCAGCAUCACCUGGGGCCGGGUAUGAGGACGUCGUCUGGAUCCCCAAAGGCUCUGUCCACAUUUUCAUCCAAGACCUGAACCUCUCCCUCAGUCACCUGGCCCUGAAGGGGGACCAGGAGUCCCUGCUGCUGGAGGGGCUACCUGGGACCCCCCAGCCCCACCGCCUGCCCCUGGCUGGGACCACCUUUCAGCUGCGACCGGGGCCAGACCAGACUCAGAGCCUGGAAGCCCUGGGACCCAUUAAUGCCUCUCUCAUCGUCAUGGUGCUGGCCAGGACCGAGCUGCCUGCCCUCCGCUACCGAUUCAAUGCGCCCAUCGCCCGCGAUGCUCUGCCGCCCUACUCCUGGCACUACGCUCCCUGGACCAAGUGCUCUGCCCAGUGUGCAGGGGGUAGCCAGGUGCAGGCAGUGGAGUGCCGCAAUCAGCUGGACAGCUCGGCCGUGGCCCCCCACCACUGCAGUGCCCACAGCAAGUUGCCCAAGAGGCAGCGAGCCUGCAACACGGAGCCUUGCCCGCCAGACUGGGUUGUAGGGAACUGGUCCCGCUGCAGCCGCAGCUGUGACGCUGGCGUGCGCAGCCGCUCGGUCGUGUGCCAGCGCCGCGUGUCCGCCGCCGAGGAGAAGGCGCUGGAUGACAGCGCGUGUCCGCAGCCGCGCCCGCCGGUCCUGGAGGCCUGCCAGGGCCCCGCCUGCCCUCCCGAGUGGGCGGCCCUCGACUGGUCUGAGUGCACCCCCAACUGCGGGCCGGGCCUCCGCCACCGCGUGGUCCUUUGCAAGAGCGCAGACCACCGCGCCACGCUGCCCCCGGCACACUGCUCGCCUGCAGCCAAGCCGCCGGCCACCAUGCGCUGCAACUUGCGCCGCUGCCCACCGGCGCGCUGGGUGGCAGGCGAGUGGGGCGAGUGCUCCGCGCCCUGCGGCGUCGGGCAGCAGCAGCGCUCCGUGCGCUGCACCAGCCACACCGGGCAGCCCUCGCAAGAAUGCACCGAGGCCCUGCGGCCGCCCGCCACGCAGCAGUGUGAGGCCAAGUGCGACAGCGCGCCACCUGGGGACGGACCCGAAGAGUGCAAGGAUGUGAACAAGGUCGCCUACUGUCCCCUGGUGCUCAAAUUCCAGUUCUGCAGCCGAGCCUACUUCCGCCAGAUGUGCUGCAAAACCUGCCAGGGCCACUAGGGGGAGCGCGCGGCACCCGGAGCCACAGCUGGGCGCUGGCUGGGGGGAUGGGGGAAAUGGGAGGGUCCCCGCUCCUCCCCUUCCCCAGCCCUGUCGCUGGCUGGAGGGGGCCCCAGGAGGGCGGGAGCUGGAAGGGAAGGGUGAGAUGGAGUCGGAAGUUAUUUAUUGGGAACCCCUGCAGGGCCCCUGGCUGGGGGAAGGGGAGGGGCUGGUUAUCCCAAGGGUCCCUCUUCAGCCUCUCUCCCCGUCCACAUGGUGAGACCCCCCCCUCCAGGGUGGGUCUGGGGAGGGGACAACUGUUCACCCCAGCGCCCUUUGCGCCCACCCUUAGGGAGUCCUGAACACUCCCCCACCCCCACCCCUGGAUGGGAUUAUGUACUGUGAAGAGUGGGGGUGGGGCGGGGGCCUGCCAGUGCCCUGCCCCCCAGCACUGCCCUAACCCCCCAACUCUGAGCAGAGGGGGGUCUAUGUCUGCUAUGGGGGAGGGGAGUUAGCACCACCUCCCUGACACCCUCCCCCUCUAGUCCAGGGGGAAGAUCCACCCCAACUUCUGCCCUGCCUGCCCCAGGGGGACCCCAACAUCCAAGCCACCCCCCUCAUGGUGCUACAGACCCUGUCCUGGGGCCCACACACUCCUGCCAGGACGCCCUCCAUCAAUAAAGUUCUGUCUUGUGUAGA